CGCAGGCUGAUUCCCGACAUUCCCGUACCGUGUGAUCUAGUUCCGUGCCGUGUGGAACUAGAGGCACUAGAGCCGGUUGGAACGAAUUUAGAAAGGCGGGAGGAGAAGUCCGGUGUGCGCUUGUUGUUCUCGCAUAAAACGUACGAAGAUUUCUGUCACGAGACGAGACUCUUGAGAGACCCUGGCAGAUCCGUUUCACUUCGCUCGUACUGUGACCAUGGACCGAUCUGCCGACGAUAACGCAAAUACGAUUGACCCGAAUGUCGAACUCGGGAGUUAUUCAUCCGCCCUCGGAGAUAUUUUGCCACUCGCCAGUGAUGUCAAGUUUAAUAACAAUCCACUGGAACAGGAGUCAAAAAAAGCUAAAAGUAAUCGUGGGCGUAAAAAACUGAGAGAAGAGUAUGAUAAUGAGUAUGAUCAUGAAGCACAGGAGCAGAGAUACGAGCGAUUGAAGCGCUUAUUGAACAAGAGCAAAAAUUCGUCCUAUUCGAAAAAUAAGACUAAUAAGAUUAAAGAUGAAGGUGAGAAGAAAAGGGACGCAAACAAGACAAACUGUCCUGUUAACGAUGAAAAUGUACCGCCGGCUAAGAAGAGAGCUCUACGUAAAGCCAAUGUAAAAAAGUAUAAUGUACAAGAGUACAUGUCUACAGAGAUAAAGGAACAGGAAAAGAUCGCAAAGAGAAAAACGAAGCUCAGUGUAGAAGAGGUAGAGGCGGAAUUGUCCGCGGACUCGGACGUCGAAGCGGAUCCGAAGCCAGCUGCCGGCAGCACCGCUGUUACACCGCGGUAUUUUUGUGGCGAGCUACGCGAUUACCAACACACGGGUUUAGAAUGGUUGAUGGGGCUUUAUGAGAACGACCUGAGUGGAAUUUUGGCCGACGAAAUGGGACUUGGGAAAACGAUACAAAUAAUAGCCUUGUUGUGUUAUCUUGUAGAGAAGAGACAGCAAGGGCCCUAUUUAAUAAUUGCACCGCUCUCCACUAUACCAAAUUGGCUUGCAGAAUUUGAAAGAUUCGCUCCCGCGAUACCGGUACUUUUAUUGUACGGCACAAUAGAUGAGAGGAGGACUAUACGCGAAAAAUUUAACUGGCCAAAGUAUGUCGAAGGGCACAAAAUGCAGCCUGUUAUGAUCGCUACGUAUGAAGUAUGUCUACAUGAAAAGAAUUUCCUGCACUCUCAAAAAUGGAGAUACAUCAUAGUGGACGAAGGACAAAGAAUAAAAAAUUAUAAUUGUCAUUUAUUCAAACUAUUGAAAAAUUUACGAUCCACGAAUAGACUAAUACUAACUGGAACUCCACUUCAAAAUAAUUUAUCUGAGCUAUGGUCGCUUUUAAAUUUUCUGUUACCAAAAAUCUUUGAUGAUUUGGAUACGUUUGAAUCAUGGGUCGAUGUCAAAGACCUUCAGCAGCAGGAUAGCGCUGAAAAACUUCUGAAGCAGGAAAAAGACAAACGUGUAUUAACGUUGUUACGUGAAAUUGUAAAACCGUAUAUGUUAAGACGAUUAAAAAGUGACGUUUGUCUAGAGAUUCCUCCUAAAAAAGAGUUGGUUGUAUAUGCGCCGCUCACGGAAAUACAGUACGAUUUGUACAAGGCAGUAUUGAAUUUUGAUCAUGAAAUGUUGACCAAAAUCGAGGUACCGGAUCUGAUUAUUCCGACUGUUGAUGGUAAAAGACCGAAAAGACUGUGCGUAUUAAGAAAGUACGGAUCCAUCGCAAACGAAUCGGAGACUGAAAAACAGAAUAUUUCGUCACAAGUUGCAAAUACGAAAGACGAGAACUUAUCAAAGUGGAAACAAUAUACUGAUGUUACGGAACGUAACAGAGAUUUUCUGAUAAAUAUUCAGUUUAUCAAUAGAGCUGUAAUGUAUAAAAAGAUCGUGAACCACCCGUACUUGGUUCACUGUCCGCGGGACUCGACCGGUUUACCGAAAAUCGACAUUGAUUUGAUUAAGUCCUCCGGUAAACUUUUAGUAUUGGAUGCUAUGCUGGCGAAGCUUAAGGAACAGGGUCACAAAGUAUUAUUGUUUUCGACGAUGACUAAGAUAUUGGAUGUGAUCGAGGAUUAUCUCAUGUUACGGGAUCAUAAUUACGUGAGAUUAGACGGCAUGACUAAAAUAGAAGACAGACAAAAAAAUAUUAGUAUUUUUAAUAAUGAUCCGGACAUGUUCCUGUUUCUUAUAUCAAUUAGAGCCGGUGGAAUCGGAUUAAAUUUAAUGGCUGCAGAUACUGUUAUUAUAUACGACAGUGAUUGGAAUCCACAAGUAGACAUACAAGCCAUGGCUCGAUGUCAUAGAAUAGGCCAAACAAGACCCGUAGUUAUCUACAAACUGUGCACUAAAGGGACAAUUGAUGAAAUGAUUAUGAAGCGAGCUGAAGCUAAACGUAUUUUGGAAAAAAUAGUCAUGUCAGAAAGUUUCAAUAAAAUUACUAUUCUCGAAAUGAAGAAGCUGAUUGAUACAAAGGAAUACAAAGUUGUUACAUCAGAAAAAGAAGUUUUCACAGAGAUGGAACUGAACAAAUUGUUAGACAGAAGUGAUAUGAUGAAUAACCAUGACCCAUCAAAUUCUCAAGGAUAAACAAGAAUAUAAA